CCGUCCGAUAUAAUAAGACUAUCUACUCACGGGCGUCGGAGGUGCAUCAGUACUGGUCUCUUUCCCAUUUUCCAUCUGCGGUACUCAUGGCAUCCAUACGCGACCCCUUCGUUUUGCAUUGGGGCGUCGUGUCGACUGGGUGGAUUGCGGAGCAGUUUGUGAAGGAUUGCGUCGUGGACCCCAAGACGCGUGGGACGACGGAUGUCGUCCACCAAGUGGUCGCUGUCGGGUCCCGCAAUGGCGAAGUGCACAAGGCCCAGGCCUUCAUUGACACCUAUGCCCCAGGCAAGAACGUUAAAGCGUACGGCACGUAUGAAGAGGUGUACGCAGACCCGGAAGUCAAUGUAAUUUACAUAGGUUCUCCGCAUGCUAUGCAUUUUGAAAAUGCAAUGGCAGCACUGAACGCGGGCAAGCAUGUCUUGUGCGAAAAGGCAGUCACUCUCAACGCAGCUGAGCUGCGGAAACUUCUGUCAGUUGCCGAGGCGAAAAAUCUGUUCUUCAUGGAAGCAUUGUGGACACGUUUUCAACCUCUCGUCAAGGCAUUCAAGCAAAUCGCGGAAGACGGCUCACUGGGAGAUCCGAUAAUGUUACAUGCGGACUUCUCCCACUAUUUUGACAUGAACAACCUACCAACAACGCACAGAAUGCUUGAUCCUCGCCUUGGGGGUGGAGGCCUUCUCGACUUAGGACCGUAUCCAAUGUUUUGGGCUGUACUUGCGCUUUAUGAGCAUCCGUCAAACAAGCGGGCAAAGCCCACGAGCGUCACCGCAUCCAUGAUCAAGACGCCACGCACUGGCGUCGAUAUCAGUACCAGCUGGACGCUGAAUUUCACCUCCACUCUCCGUGCACAGGCAAACCUCAGCUGUAGUGCGACUCUUCCUUCACCAGAGAUAGGCGCUACAAUCCGCUACCAGAAAGGCACGAUCACCGUAGGGUCUCCGCUGCCCAUCCCGAGCUGGUUCCAGGUGCAAUGGUUUGAUAGUCCAGAUAAGGGCAACGUCGUGCGAGAGGAGAAACGUAUGUUCCACUAUGUAGGUGGAGGAUGGCACUUCCAGGCGGAUGAGGUGGCACGGUGUGUGAGGGACGGCAAGAUCGAGAGUGACCUGUGGAGUCAUGACAAGAGCCUACUCUUGAUGGAGACGUUUGACGAGGUUCGCUAUCAAGGCAAUUACAUGCUACCAGAAGGCGUCGAGAAGGUCCUUCUCAACAAACCAAGGGCCUGAGGAGGAAAAAAGUUCAGGAAAUUUCUGCAACUGGUUUUUCCUAUACAAGUCUUGAACGUUAUGUGUACCAAUUCAAUGCAUAUGACAGUACAUCACUUCGAUAUCCUCACACGGUGUAACAAGUAGUCAUUGCGAAUUAUCAAUGAUUGCCUGCGUGCUGUGAGCAGCUCGGCCGUUUC